AUGGAUCGGUGCCAGGUGAUUCCUAGCGAUGCUGGUGUUCCACCUUGCGAGCGGAAGGGAAGUUCCAAAUCACCUACCUCAUCACAAGUUGAAAAUGCGAAGACCCGUGUCUUAUCAACUUGGAAUUCCUCUCAAAAAACUAAUGCGCAAACAGUCGUGCACUCUGGCAAUGAUGCUCGGUCGACGUUGGCUACUGGUUCCCAGACUUGGAUCUCUAAGGAGCACCGUAAAAAAUUGCAGGAGCUGGUGCGAAGGCAGAAGCGGGCCCGGACUGCCGCUCGCAAGUUGGCGGAAGAAAGAGAACGUGAACGAAACCAACGAAUAGCAGACAAUCUAGCUGCUACAGCUGAAGCUGCCAAGCUAGCUGCGAAGCGUUCGUUGCACUUGAAAAGGGGCGAUUCCUCAAGCCGGCAUCGUGAGCAUUUGAAGAAUGGUAUUGAUGUUAGAAAUGAUGAAAUUCCAUCCGAAUGCGUGCUUCGGGCGUCUCAACUUCUCGCAGAAGAGGAUAAUGUUGUGUUUAAGAAACCUCGCUGCCUUACUACUCUCAUUGUGCCCUCAUCUCAACAUUCAUCAAGGGAAAGCAGACUUUCACGGAACCUCGUUGUACCUGCCUCCGCUGCACAACCGGUUUACGCGAAAACUCGCGGAAGCAAGAAUUGCCACAGCGUCGUCUCUUCUACUCCCCUUUUUAAUCCCUCGAAAUUCCUGUCUGAACAUCUGUAUAAGAGUUUUCCCGACGGUGGUAAUGUAAAUACGGCGAGCUCAAGGCUAUUUCCUGGUCGCUCUGGAGCAGCUAUUGUUUCUACCAGUCUUCCUUUGAAAAGUCGAACGGCAAAAUCGUUCGUUGGGAGUUACUACCCAAAAGCGCCGAGGACGAAAGGAUUUGGAGUUCAGGUUGAUUUAUCUGACCCAAUUUCCUUCUGGAGACACACCGAAGUGAUCACACCUUGGAAAGAUGCUGAGAGUGAACAGGCACGUCUGCAAGCUCGUCUUUGUGUUAGCCGAGCCCGAAGGUUCGUCCGUUUGGAUGCCGAUGGGGAUGACGCCAAUGGCGAUGAUUCUGGUGAAGCUCUUGUCUCUUCGUCAUCUUCCUCUGCCUCUUCCAAGAGUAGCUGCAUUUCCGAGGCGCAGCAAGUGGAUGAUUUCUUUGAACCUACCAAAGACCUUGACGACAUGGUGAUGAAGGUAGCGGAAUCGUCACACUGGAUGUCUGAGGCUGAGCGUCCUGGUGUGGAGUCCGGUACCCCUCUGAGAUCUCUCUUUGACACCCACUUGCGAUAUCUUCAGACGCAGUCUAAAAUCGAGUCCGAUCCACUGCGUUUCAUGGAGGUUUAUAAACAGAAAUGCCAACAACUCACCGCUCACCCGCGUGGCGACUCUCACGUUGAAGCCUCGUCGAGAGCGAUUCGUCAGGUACAUGUUAAUGAAACGCACUUCAACUAUGGCGACUGUACUUCCGUCUCUGAAGUGGACAAAACCAGUGAAGCGGCCUCUUCAAUUCCUAGUCUAGUCGAAGAGGCGGAGAGCCGUCAUCAAACGGAGGUUCAACAGCGGCAGCGCCUAGCUCCUGCUGCGUUGGGACUGAGUUUGACUGCAGAAUUGCAUCGAUAUGAAACUCUUUCUGCCUCUGAGCAGCACAUUGCCGGUCUUGAACUGACGCGACAGAUAUCACAGGCUCAGGCAGAGGGGCUUAGUAUCUAUCAUCUGGCGAAAGCUGGGUAUCUCCACGAUGCGCAGAGCAAAGGCAGUUGCAUGACGCGCGUUGAGAAUAUGAAGGAGUUGAAGAAUACGGCUGUGUCACCAAUUGUACUUCCGAGGGUUAGCGUGCCAGUGACCCUCACACAAACCAUCAAACAGAGGAGUUCUACCACCACUACCACUACUACUGCUGCCACUACUGCUCUCUUACACGAUCCCAACCGGAUUGGUGCCACAGAUUCCCAUGCAGGUUCGAGUACGGGCAGCUAUUACGCUCCGCGCAGAAUCGACGCAGAUGCAUCGAGCAUGAAUGUCUAUGAUGCGAACGUGACUCCGUCUAAUUUAGAGGCCUCGACUGCUCUUGGUGACCUUGUCGACUUGAAAUCGGAACAGUUUAAGGGAAUCCUACAGCAACGUGCUUCUGAGCUUCACGCGCGUCGUCAUGAGGCCGAAUUGCUGCUGAAAUAUGCCGCCAGGUUGGAUCGUGAGGAGCGCAAAGUGGUUGCUCUCGAAUCACGGGCUGUUAAGGCGCUCACACGAUCGAAAGACCGACGUCCAGCAGCGGAAGCUUACAUUCCACCCCAACAGUCUUCGCACUCCCCUUCUCCUUCACUUCAAACUUUGAAGGCACAAAGAGAGAGUCCACCUUCCCCCACUCCUCCACCUCAUUCUCCACCUUCACCCGAUUCAGCAGCACCGCCACCUUCGUCUACUUCCUUGUUGUGCUCGUCGCCUAUCAUCUCGCAUUCCCCUGGGCGGGUCAGCGUGGUGGAAGCGGAAAACGCGUCCCCCGUAGAGGCGCAGAAAUCGAUUGUCUCUCUCUCUGAUCGACCCCCCUCAAAGUCGAGCACCAAGCUGAGUUCGUCCCAACUAAGCAACUCCAGACAGCAAGGAAUUCUUUGCAGCCGUGAUAAUGGUACCGAUAGUGGUGAAUUCGAUGGCGCCGACUUCAGCCAGCAACAUCUAUUGUUGCGGGACCAAUACGAACAUCAAAAUCACCAGCCACAGAUUCUGUCACCCCGACGUCUCAGUCAGGACUCCACAAACUCCACUUCCUCCUCACCUUCCGGCCUUCGCGCGUAUUCUGACAGCCUCAGCUCCUCGGAGUUUGUCUCUCAGCUGGAAGCUCGUCUGGUCUCCCUGCAGAGGGAGCUGCGGCGCAAUGAGAAACUCCUCAGUCGCAUCGAUGCACAAAAGAAGAUGGCCAACAAGGAUCGGCUCAUGCGGUUGGAGACAACUUUGGAGAAUCACCGAAAGUUUUGCCUGGAGAUAAUCAAUAACAUCAAGUUAGAGAUAAGCUCUUGCCACCAGUCGCUUUGCGAGAAGACGAGUCAACUUGAGGCAGCUUCUACGGUUCCAAUGACACCCAGUGCUGCUACACGAAUUUCCUUGUCUCCAGAGCCCUCUUUCUCGAGCAAACCUGUGUUCCCGUCCUUUCGUGAGCCUAAAAAAGAUGUAGAGAACACUAAAAGUUUUCUAUCAUCAUCUUCUUCUAAUGCUGAAGAGGAGGCAGUUGAAAGUAUUUGCACAGUAUCGGUGGAAGUGGAAGAGACGUCUGCACCCUUAGGAAUGGACUCCUCGAAAUCACCGCUGGUAGGAAAGACGUGUACUUCUAACUCAGGUGUGGGUGAGAAUGGGAGACUGGAACACUUGGUGUGUUUGAAUGCCGUGAAGUCUGCGUCAUCAAGAACUUCUAAUGUUGCAAAAUUAGGUGAGAAAAUAGCUUCUGAGAUAUCGUCGGAGUCAUCUUCUGCAACUCAACGAUUAACUCCACCGAUGGAAGUGAAUUUAGUUGUGGAACCUGCCUCUAUGUAUUCCGCGACGUUAAAUGAUGUGAAAUCAGAAGAGUGCGUCAGUUUUGCAGAGACACUUGCUUCGGGGAUGUCCUUAGCCAAGAGGACUCUGUCUCCUGUGGAAACGAAGAUGCCUUCGUUGAACUCCACUUUAAAUGAGCAGAAUGGCUCUGUGGCUUUGAAGAGAUCUGAGUCUGUGGAAUCUCUUAACUCUGGGAGUCCUGAAGAGAUAAUAGUCUCGAAGAUGUCUUCAAAGGUAUCGGUUUUGACUGCAACUCCUUCAAUGCAUACGAAGACGGAACCAUUAAAAUCAGGCUAUGACGAACAAAGGAUUAGUUCUGCUGCUUCCACACAUUCAAAUACAGGAUCUGGGAGUCCUGUUGAGAUGCUGGGUUCUGAGGUGUCUUCAAAAGUCUCUACCUCGACUAGAAAUAUUUCAUCCCCUGUAGACGCUGAGACGAUCUUAAAACCAGUUGUUACUGAUGGGGAGUCGAAAGCAGCACAUUCCGGGUCUUUAAAAGUGUUGGAAAUUGACGUAGCUGACAGUCCUGGUGAAGCAAUGCCUUCUGAGAUGGCUCCAGAAAUGUUGAUCUCGGUUGAAUUCACACCACUUCCAGCGGAAACGAAAUCUCGAGUUGACGCGAAGGUAGAAGUGGAAACUAAGGAGGCAUCUGAGCUAAAUAGGAUCACUUCCCUUGAAGUGCUUCUACCAGGCAAGAAACCUGAAUUAGUUGGAUCAAAUCAAUCCGAAAUUGAGAUUAAGGAGAAUGGUGGUGGUGAGGAGGAAAAGGGCGACAGGAGUUGCUUAAUUGAGACCGUCGCCUCUGAGCUUUCUCUUGAAACGCCUUCUUUGAGCUCUGAUACUCAUAGCCCAGAAGUGCAAGAAUUAAAGUCAGCGAAGACAUCGAUCCAUCAAAUCACAACUGGUUCUAACUCUGAAUCGGCCUCGGACACAGGAGAUGUCUACACAGAGGACUUUGAAGAUGAGGUGUUCGCAGACGAGAAUGAAAGGCAGCAGCAUGGACUCGUAGAGAGUGCUGACGCUGUUUCGGAGAGACCAGUUUCAGCUUCCACACCGUCUUCUAAUUGCAUAGAAGUCAAGACAAAUGCUCUGCUGGAUGAAUUCACAGACCGAUGGCUGGACGAUUUCAUCGGUGAAGGAAUCGACUCCGUUUUAGAAGAAGUGGAGGAGACCAUGUCAACCGAUUAUGAAGAGGCAUGUCGCUCAUUUCCUCUUUAUUUUCUUCCUCCUGUUAUUACCGACACAACGGGGAUGGUAGUUAAUACACCCUCGCGGACUGUACCACUGUUCAAAGAUGUUAUGGAAUUCUUCUUCCAGCUCCGUGCCUCUUCGAAGCCUGGAACAUUCGAGGAAGCUCUUAACUCGAUCCAGUAUCCGCCUCGUUUCACUGAGAAGUAUGCCGAGGAGGAGGACCUGCAGAUCUGCGAACGCGUACCUCAAUCGCGUCUGGUGAACCGGUCGCUCUUCUUUGACUUGGUUCGUAUCGGCAUGUUGGACAUUUUUGCGGGCGAAGAUGAGGACGUCAAAAAUAAUCGCGAGCCCCGACUCAGCAGCGCGCGUCUCCACAUGUGGCGCGGUAGACGCAGACCCGAAAGUCAGUCACGUUGGGAGGCCAUCCUAGCUCCGCAGUUGGAGGCAAUAUUGGGAAUGUCCCUUGACCCUGCAGCAUCUCUGGGUCCUUCGCCCCCGAUUUUGCCCAAACCCCAGGUCUUCGAUCCCUCCGUGCUGCGUAGCAGUCUUGUCAGGUGGACACUCAACUCGAAGACCUGUUGGAUCGAGCAGUUGUUGGAGAUAGAGCUGCGUGAUGAGGAUUCCUCUUGGUUCAACUUUAAGCCCUUUGAGGAGCAGGUCAUUAACACUGCUGUCAGGGAUAUUGCGAAUGAGCUUGCCGAAGACAUGGUAGUUAGUGUUUUGAAAAAGUUGAAUUACGGCAACAAGUGGAAGAAGCAGAGGGAGGAGGAGCAGAAGAAAACCGAAAACAGCGUGGUGUUGCUUUAG